AUGAUCUAUGAUGACUCCAACAAAAAGUGGGUCCCUAGUGGAGUAUCGCAAGGUCUCUCCAAAGUUCAGAUAUUCCAACAUGUAACUAACAACACAUUCCGUGUAGUUGGUAGGAAAUUACAAGACCAUGAGCUGUCAGGUUACAGACUUAUUGAUACACCCUCAUAUAUAUCACAAACUAUUCUUCUUUCUUUCCUCCUCCUCUUCCUUCCUUUCUUUCCUCCUCCUCCUCUUCCUUCCUUUCUUUCCUCCUCCUCCUCUUCCUUCCUUUCUUUCCUCCUCCUCCUCUUCCUUCCUUUCUCUCCUCUUCCUUCCUUUCUCUCCUCUUCCUUCCUUUCUCUCCUCUUCCUUCCUUUCUCUCCUCUUCCUUCCUUUCUCUCCUCUUCCUUCCUUUCUCUCCUCUUCCUUCCUUUCUUUCUCUCCUCCUUCCUUCCUUUCUUUCUCUCCUCCUUCCUUCCUUUCUUUCUCUCCUCCUUCCUUCCUUUCUUUCUCUCCUCCUUCCUUCCUUUCUUUCUCUCCUCCUUCCUUCCUUUCUUUCUCUCCUCCUUCCUUCCUUUCUUUCUCUCCUCCUUCCUUCCUUUCUUUCUCUCCUCCUUCCUUCCUUUCUUUCUCUCCUCCUUCCUUCCUUUCUUUCCUCCUCCUUCCUUUCUUCCUCCUUCCUUUCUUUCUCUCCUCCUUCCUUUCUUUCUCUCCUCCUUCCUUUCUUUCUCUCCUCCUUCCUUUCUUUCUCUCCUCCUUCCUUUCUUUUCAUAG